AUGCCGACCUCGUUGCAUCCCCAGGCGAAGUUUGAUCCGAUUCCCCCGGAUCUGGAUCUUCACGAUCUCGUCGAUCGGACCCCUAACUUCGAAUGGGUUCUACGAAUUUCGACUGCGCAAAUUCAAGGAUUGGGCCCUCAAGAGUUCGAGAAACUGGUACAGCUUCAAGUCAUUCAGGGCGGAAAGCCUUUAGUGAUUGAGAAAUGGAACGAUGUUCUUCCUAAAUGGCUGUUCAGUGCAGAAUGGCUGGAGAAGACAUAUGACAAAAAGCAGGAGAGUGUCCGUGACAUUGGUAGUCAGAGUGAAAUACCCAUGACAACGGGCCACUACCUCCGAGCGAUGAAGCAGCUUGCCAACCAAUGGACGCCUAGUAAUUUCCGCGAUGAGCGACGACAACGCCUCUACCUUAAGGACAUCGACUGCCCACCUGGAUGGCACGAGCACCUGCAGAAAGUCAUUCCUCCGAACCUGUUUUACAUGAACGAAAAUGCGACGGAGAAGGGGGGUGCGGAGAACCAAGCUAGCGAUGUUUUUCGUGGCCUAGGCGAGAAGACAAUAGCUCCAGCGGGAGAUCUCAUGUCGAGUCUACCCGAAGAGAUGCGGGCACAAAACUUGAUGUGCUAUAUUGGCCAUGAAGGGACGUAUACCCCGGCGCAUCGUGAAAUGUGUGCCAGUUUGGGACAAAACAUCAUGGUUGAAGCCUCUGGGAGCGAAAAUGGAGAAAAGCCAGGAAGUUCCAUAUGGUUCAUGACGGAGACCAAAGACCGCGAAGUUGUCCGAGAAUACUUUCUUUCGAUGCUUGGACACGACAUCGAAAUCGAGAAACACUUCGCACAGAUCAAUGCUUGGAAGAAGGCAACCUUCCCCGUUUACAUCGUUGAACAAAAGCCUGGCGAUUUUAUUCUUAUUCCGCCUCUGGCUCCUCACCAAGUGUGGAAUAGGGGCACCCGCACCAUGAAGGUUGCAUGGAACCGAACAACAGUUGAAACACUGGACAUGGCGCUCCAUGAAGCUCUCCCGAAGGCCCGGCUUGUCUGUCGGGAUGAACAGUACAAGAACAAGGCUAUCAUAUACUACACUUUGAAGAAGUACCACGCACAGAUACUACAGGCAGAUGAGAAGAGCGAAAUGGGUCUUCUUGGAUUAAGAUCUGAACCAUUCCGCUCUUCAUCGCGCUUCAAACAGCUUGCCAAAGACUUCCGGCAUCUCUUCUUCCUGUUCGCCGAGAUCCUUGUCGACGAAAUGUUUGCUACUAAGGAGAACAACGUCGAAUACAUUGAGUACGACUCGUGCGUUACCUGCUCAUAUUGCAGAUCAAACAUCUUCAACAGAUUCUUAACGUGCAAGCAUUGCGUUCGACUUCUCGUGAAUGGGGAUGAGGACGCAUAUGAUGUUUGCAUGGAGUGCUACGCCAUGGGACGGUCUUGCCUCUGCAUGUCAAAGCUUCAGUGGUGCGAGCAGUGGAAGUGGUCGGAGCUCGUGGAAAACUAUGAAGUAUGGCGGACUAUGGUCAUCCAGAAUGAUGGCUUUGUCGACAUAGAGCUGUCACCUCAACCUCUUGAGAUCGCUCGUAGUCGACGUGGCAAGAAGGCACUCGCCCAGAUCUGUCAAGAAGGCCUGCGCAAGCGGCCAUUCAAAGACAUCUCCAAAAUUGAGGAAGAAAAGCGUCUCAGUGAAUCAGACGAAGAACCGGACCUUGAUGACAAUGGCAAGCCGAAGAAGAAGUACAAGCGGAAGAAGAAGAAGGGGGACGUUCGCCGCUGUCAUAUUUGUUGCCACAAAGAUUACGCGUACAAGAUCCAUGUGUGCUCGAAUCCUGAGUGCAAUGAAGGCUUCUGUUACGGAGUACUUUACCGUGCGUUUGAUCUCAUGCCUCAGGCGGUACAGGAGAACGAGAACUGGCUCUGCCCAAGAUGUUUGGGAAUUUGCAAUUGUGCAGCAUGCCGUCGUGCCGGGACGACCAAUCCGUACACACCGAAGAACACUCUUCUCGGCCACGAUACUCGGCCGAUCGCCGAUGACCGCAGUGUCGAAGUCUUAGUUGACUUUCGCGUGCACAACUUGAGUUGGUUAAAGGCAGCGGGUGAAGAAGGUCGCAGCACAAACAGCAAACGAAUGAAGCAAUUGAGAGAGCAGGCCGAUACUGCAAAAGCCCAAGAGCCAGCGACGGCAACCGCUGAGGAGAUUGCCAACGGAGCCAACAAUGCUGCUCCCACUGAGGAUGUGGUGACCAGCUAUGGAGACCAGAGCCAUAUCCUUGGAGAGCAAGAAAUACAGCAAUACCCUGGUGAAAAUGGUCUCGACGGUGAUAUUGGUGCGCCUCAGAUGCAACAGGAUCAGGUCGCGGCAUAUGCCGACAUGGGAUUGAAUGGCGGCUGGGACCAGUCGGCAUACCCAGACCCUAUGGGUAUAGGAGGGCAGCGCAUGCUUGGUAUGGGCUACUACGAGCAAGCUGGGCCCGAUCAAAUUCUCUUCGACCCAUUCCAGAUGCCUUCUGCUGAUACUAUGGUGUUCGACGAGGAAGCUGAGUUUCUUAAGAAGACUCUCAGGGCUGUGAAGAGAAAAGCAAGGCUGGAGAAUGACAUGGAUCCUGACUUUAGUGCCCCUCGGAGCCACCACAAGAAGAAGCAGAGGAAAGACAACGCUGCGGACGAGUCCGCAAUGGAUCCUGCACUGUUUGACUCAGCGCUUUCAGCCGCAGUUACUGCAACCGCACAAACGGAAGGCGAAUCGGGUGCAACAGGUGAAGCUGGCACACCUCUUGAGGACGAGGCGCCCAGGCAACCACCAGGAGAGGUAGAGCAGUCCACAGAAGAGCGGCGAUCAAAAGGUGGAUGGGCGACCCCUUGGCCCCCGUCUUAUCCUGCAAACAUCCCAGAACUGCGGCAUGCAAAACCCAGGAUCUCCUAUGCUGAAAUCGAAGAACCCGUGAUCGACGACCCAGACGACAUUGUCCCUGCGUUCAAGGAUAAGCCACCAGUUGAGAACGAUGAGCCUCAACCCGGUGACAGUAGUACCGAUCCUCUGGAUCUUGCUUCAGAUGCUGUUCGCGCUCUCAUCCAGAAGGGAACUGACGCCACUACUGCGGCAGCCGCUGAGACACCUAAGGCUCCUAAGAGGCGAGGAAGGCCACCAAAGAGUGCAAGUUCUACGCCAGCCUCAGUAACCAGGGCUGCUGCCGUGCCCAAACCGUCCGCAUCAGAUGCUGCAGCAAAGAAACGAGAGGAGCGUGCAUCACGAAGGUCGCGUCUCAGUGGUGUCGUCACUAUUGACGGGGCCAGUUCAUUCAAUGCCCGAAACAAUAACUACGCCGAGGAUAACGACAACAGUGAAACCGAAGACAGGAGAUAUGACACAACUGAAGCUGAGCUUGAGGCUCAGCUAGAUCAGGAUUUGGCUGGUGAAGAUGUUCCUGAGCAAACGCUUACGAAAUCUGUCGAGUCCAAAAAGACUGGGACGAGUGAGCAACCAGUUAAGAGGGGUCGUGGCCGACCUCCCAAGCGCAAGAUUGUCACUCCUACUGAAGAGGAGGACGAGGAUGAUAAAUCUCCACCCCCGCCUCCAGCUGGCAGAAGUGGAAUGAUGUCUAUGGCGGCCCGCGUCGCGGCCCGUGGUGGGAAAUUUAAGAUCACUUCUCGUAAAUCACGAGGACGCAGUGCUAAAGACACUCCAACUGGGACACGGGAGCCAUCAAAGUCGCCAAGCCCGCCGCCUCCAGAAAGCCCAGCUAUGCUGCCGAAUGAGCCACAGGAAGAUCCGACUCCAGACAGGACACCAUCUCCUCCAACUGCGUCAGGUAGGCGCCGGCGGGGGGGAGAGAAAGACGAAGACUUCGCCGCUGCGGCGGAAUCACCAUCGUCUGUAUCGUCCUCUGACUCGGGCAUUCCAGGUAUUAGCCCGCGGCCUCUGCCGCCAAGACGAUCCAUGGCCUCGGGCGGUCCCACGAUAGUCAGACUUGGUUCGCACUCCGAGUCUGAGAGCGACAUAUCCUCUUCCUCGGAAUCUGAGAGCGGCAUAGGUGCUCCUGGCCAUGCGCGUGGUUCGCAGAGCGGUAGAGGCAGAGGCAGAGGUAGAGGCCGGGGUCGUGGUCGUGGUCGUGGUCGUGGACGGGGACGUGGCCGAGGACGUGGUCGAGGUGUUUGA